GUCCACCGACGGCUGCCAGCGCACUAUAUCAAAAGGUCUUCUCUCUUGAACUUGACAUUACCCAUGGAGUCCUCCGUGUGACAACCGGAAACAUCAGAACACUUGCGGCAUUGAAGUCCUCACGGCCAAAAUAUGUGCUGUCUGUUCCCAAUCCCUCCGACCUCGGCGCAGAGAACACAGCAUUUCUCACUAUGGACACCGACGAGGUGCCUACACGCCGGCCAUAUCCUUCAGCUUUCGAACUGCUGAUCACUUGCAACCCCCCAAUACUUCAGUCAUUGCUUGCCCAAGUCCCGACCGAUACCAUUUUUCGGCUUUACCAGACUUCGUCCUUCCUCCGAGACUUUUUCACGAAAUCCCCCACGUCGUGGCGGUACAUAUCCUGGCGUCUGUAUCAGCCGGUGGCCUCUACUGCAGUAGCUGCUAAUAACAACGCCGCUGGCCAUCGUCAGUCCAGCAACUACGCCCUCGACCAGAUCCUGUUGAACGUCAUAAACCCAUUCAGUACAAGAUUGGUCAGCCUGGAAUUGGACAACACUGCAGUCAGCGGAGCCACUCUGACAUCGACGGUGUUGAUCUUGAGAAGAGACACUUUACAACAUGUGUCGGUCCGUGGUUGCAAGAAUGUAUCAUUGAAAUAUCAUAUAAAUCCAUGGCUGCAAAUGCAUGCAUUGGCUCGGGAGUCUCAAUCCGCCGGUGGGCCAAUCGGUUUCGAAACACUCGCUUUGAAAAGUCUCUACACCUACCGAUGCCGGCAUCACAGACGGAGACCAUAUCUGCCCAGUAGCCUCGCACGUAAGGAAAGCGACAGUGAACCAACGCAUGAACUAGUGCUUACAUGUCACAAACUGGGUAUCUGGACUGAUACCGCUUGGUGCACAACGCCAGGAGCUCGCUGUUUUCGCCGGAGAGGCUAUGUGAAAAUGCGGAUGCCUCAAGACCCUAGGGAGGUCUGGGUGGUAUAUGACCGCUUAUGGAGGAGUCGGAAUUGGUUGGGUCCGGUGGAGCAAUCAAGAAACUCAAACAGCUCUACUCUACGAAAACGAAAGAGGGAUUGUCGAAGCUGGGAGUAUGAUGAAGAAGGCGUUAAUGGAGAACCGACCGGCAUGGGAAAGGAAGGAAAAUCGACACCUGCACAUCUGCGCCAAUCUCAUAUCAAGUUUGUCGAAGACAUCUUUUGCCAGAAUUGCUCUGCUCAGAUUCUGGAAAGAUGUGAGCAGUGUUCAGUUAUGAUGCACUGUUCAGGAUGCAGGAAGACGCUUUGUGCAAGCUGUGCAUUCGACAGGCCUUAUCUGCGCAACAAGAAUGCUCCAGAAGAAGAGCGAAACAAGUUCUGGUGGGCUCCAGGCUCUGCUGUAUCCCCUUGUUCGAUGCAGGACCAGGAUCUGCCUGCCAACACUGUUAUUGGGAACCAUAAUCCUAGUCCCAACCAACCACCCAACAUCAAAUUCAGAUGGUGUUGUACAGAGCCUGUGUUUUCUGGUGGCGGUGGCAUCACAUUUGGCAACAAUAACAGUCGAGAGACGGAUCGAAUACGAGCAGCACCACUGCCCACCGGACAGGGCUGGGAAGAUCCUGAAUUUGGGCCCGAUAGAUUGGACCUUGAGGACGAACCGACUCAACACGUCAGCGGAGGGCCAGGGGGCCGUUGGUCCUCUAUUGACAGCUUUUUCCAGGCCGCUGAAACCCUGGGUUCUGGUGAACAUCCAUCAACAUCAAUACCGAGAGUGCUGUGUGAUGAGUGCUACAGCGCUGAGCAUUGGAGGUUGAAGUGUAAGGCUUGUGCAACGGCCCUAUGCCUCAAGCACGAUAUCGGCGAUCGAAUGAAGGCAAGAAUUUGCGGUUAUCGCGACGUCCUUGUGGAAAGGCAGGACUACAAGUCUCGGCAGAAGGCUCUGAAAUUGCUGGCCACGUUGGUGCGACACAGGAAGAAGAGAUUGGCAGCAGAGAAACCGGUGGUCGAACAUCAUGACGUAAGCUCGAGCCUGGAUGGUGCCUCGUCGGGUCGAUUGGAUCUGUCAACAUCAUCCGAAUAUCAAUCACAUGGCAUACUCACAAGACCAGCCCUCUCGGACGCCGUAGAAAGGGAGGUAGCAUCGACCGCAGUGGGUGCUCAAGCGUCGCGGAGCUACAGAACCCCACUGGCGGAGCUCGAUCUACCUUACCGACCGCUCUCACCGGCCUCAACAAGCACAGGACCACUGUCUCGGUCGACGUCUCCUACUCCUUCGGCUCACUCGAUUCCUGCCACCCCAGAGCCUGCGAUCUCCCCUCUUCGCUUGAGCCAAGCUGAAGCACCGUCUUUCCCCAAAUGGCGAGGCUGCCAAGCGUUUUUCUGUCCCGGUACACGUACACCUGGCGAUCACAGGCGACGAUGUCCCGCCAUUAUGAAGCAGUGCCUCGAAUGCAAGGUACACGUUUGUGGAGACUGUGUGACGACCUUGGAGCCUCCCUGUCCGUGUAAGGGUUGUCAUGCCCCGCAGACUGAAGACCAAGCUGCCUCCGGGGAACAUACAUUUCUGUUCUUUUGUCCGAAUUGUCGAUGGGAUAGGAUGCUCUCAGGGAAGUGCAAAAGGAAAUCCGAAGCCUUUCUAGCCGCGCAGUCUAUGUCGAAGAAAAUGAGGAAGAGAAAGGACAAAAUGCGCAAGCCAAUCGAAGAGAGGCGGCUAAGUGGACCAGGGUCCCUGUCCGCGACAGAAGAGGCAAUUGAGGGUCUGGUCGAGUUUUUCACUAGCUUGAACACGCAAUACCCCGGAAUGAGUCGGCCACAAGAUCUGGCACUGGUCUCGGCGGAAAACCAUCAGCAUAUGGGAGCUACAAAUCUGAACGAUAUACAAGAGUUGGAGGAUAUGGGCGCGCUGGCACGAGAUUUGAUCCGCAGGAUACAGAGGCUAAGGGAUCAAUUCAGGCCGGGGUCCUUGGCGGCACUGGCGUUGCCGGACAUUCGAGUGGAGGAUGAUGUUGCAAGCCAUCUUCUACCAGGCCAGAUACCGCAUGAAGAUCCUGGGGUUGGUCCUGUGCAGCAUCUUCCCCACGGUCUCGAUGAGAACGGACUGAUAAUCGUGGACCCUGGAGAAAUUGACGACGAUGAAGAUGAGCAUCUUGAAGGCCGAGAAUCUAGCUCAGAUUGAACGGGGUUGGGAGAAUUUUCGCUACAAUUCGCCAUGGAAUUUAUACAUAUGGCCCGAGAAUGUCCGGGUUUAAUGACAUCUACACAACAAGAGUAUGACUUGAUGACUCAAGCAUUUCAGCCUUUCUGACGGCAACUGCAACAUGCAUACAUAGCGUGGGAGAUCUCGGGAUUUGAGAACAAGCCGCAAGGGGCUUUCGCGGAGGACUCGGGAGUUUGAUGGAGUUUUUGGCUUUUUUUGCAAUUCUCUAUGUCGAUGUCGAUGUCGAGAUGUCGACGUCGGUGGUCGUCAAAGCAUUCAGUGUCAAUACGAUUUUGCUUUCUUUUCUUGUUUCAUCCGCGGACCAUCAAGCCGCAACGUCUUCUCGAUGUCAGCGUGAUCAGGAC